UUUUUUUUGCUAGGUAGGGGCGGAUGGGUCUCGAGGCGGAGCCGGGCGGCGCCCCGGCGGCCGCCCCGCCACAGCCGGCCGACCUCACGUCGGGCGAAAAGGAGACGGAGGUGGGAUCGCGCGAUGACUACGGAUCCCCGGCUGAGAUCGGGCGGGGACAGGGGAAUUUCACGCAAUGGCGUGUUCAUUUCUGCGCCCAGACGGCUCCUGGGAUCUGGAUUGAAGGCCGCGUCCGUUUUACUCCGCAUUCACGUUGGCUGGUUCUCUUCGAUUUGGAGAAUGACAUCCUUGCCGGCGACUUCUGGCCGGACGGCGACUCGAUCGAGGUAGGGCAUCGUUUCAAGAUUGAUGGUUUUGAUGUGCUGGUUGUUGAUUCUGUACAGGUGGAUCUUCGUCCGAAGAGACCGGAGCUGAUUGACUUGACGGAAACGAGGCUACAUGGAAAUCCGAGAGGAAUGGAUGGCGACAAGGCGGGAUACCCUGCGAGACUCGUGGUGCGGCGAUCAUCGGACCUCGGCUCUUGGGGCCGGUGGCCCAUCGACGGGUUGGUGGCCAGUUCUGGGCGCUGGCUGGAUCUGAAGACGACGAGGCGGACGAGGAUGGGGAUGAGCCGACGUCCUCUCCGCCAACGCCGACGCCAUCUGAUUUAUUCUGUGAGUUAUUCCAUUCAGGCUAUGAUGAGGAUGAGGUCGCCUCUACGGUGGACAGGAUCUUGCCGGUGGACGAUCCGGCGAGGGUUGGGCUACACGCGGACGACCGAAAGGAGAUGGUGCAUCGCGUCAUUCAUCGGAGAACGGCGGCGACAGCUGUCCGGCCAUGGAAAGGACCCCUUCCGAAGGUUUUAUUCAGGGCUACUGCGCUGAUCCGUAUGUGGUCCUUACUCACUCCGAUGGAGGCCAGGAAGCGUUUGGUUACUGGAUCUGUCCGGUGGGAGAUGGUAGCGCGGGAUAUCUUCAACCGGUUUGGAUGGCGGUCAUGUAAUAGGAUAGGCGAUUAGUUUACCUAUCUGUUAAUUUGCCAGCCGGUUGUGGCUUGUUAGGCUUUUUGUUUUGGCAUGGAGGCUCUGUGUGAGCUUGCCGAUCCUUUUGUCUGCAGACUUUAACACCUUGUUUACUCUUUUUAAUAAAUGUGGCCGUAUGCAUCGUUCUGAUGCAGAGACCGGGGA